AGCGCGGCGCAGGGGCGCCAGUCCGCGGGGCCGAGCGCGGGGGGCACGGGCGGAGCGCGCGGAGGCCGCGCGCGCCGGGGAGCGAUGGGCAAGUACUCGCGGGAGGCGGCCAACCCCAGCAAGGCCUGCAAGGCCAAGGGCGUGGACCGAUCUCCGCGUCCACUACAAGAACACGUACGAGGCCGCCCAGGCGAUCAAGGGCAUGAGCUUGAAGGCCGCGCAGGCGUACCUGCGGGACGUGUGCGAGAAGAAGCAGUGCGUCCCCUUCCGGAAGUACACGGGCUGCAUCGGGCGCACCCCCCAGGCGAAGGCGUUCAAGAUGUCGCAGGGCCGGUGGCCGGUGAAGUCCGCGAAGAUCCUCUUGGGCCUGCUCCAGAAUGCGGAGAGCAACGCGGAUUUCAAGAACCUCGACACGGAUAACCUGUUCGUCAAGCAUAUCCAGGUGAACCCCGCUCAGCAGGGCCGACGCCGCACCUACCGGGCCCACGGGCGCAUCGGUCCGUACAUGUCGAACCCGUGCCACAUCGAGAUGAUCUUGGAGGAGAAGGACGAGUCCGUGGAGGCCCCCACCGAGGAGGUGAAGCCGAAGAAGUUCACCAAGAAGCAGAUGGCCAAGCGCCGCCUCCAGAUCGGCGGGGGUGCCUGAGCUGUCCCGGGGCGCACCUCCGCCGAGCUGCCCGUGCCCGCAUGAUUCGGUAAGCCUCGACGCAGCCUCGGCCCUCUUGCCUCCAAUCUUCCCGCGCGUCGUCAUCGUCCUCCUCCUCCUCCUCCUCCUCCUC